AUGGAGUCUCCAGUCUCUACGCCUGCAGUGCUGCCCUUGCACCUCCUUGUCCCUGUUGUCAACAAUGACAUCUCGUCGCCUUGCGAGCAGAUCAUGGUACGCACUCGCUCGGUGGGAGUGAACACCUGUGAUGUGGCUCUGGCCACUGAGCCCGAGUGCCUGGGCCCCUGCGAGCCUGGGACCAGCGUGAACCUGGAGGGCAUUGUCUGGCAAGAGACGGAGGAUGGUAUGCUGGUGGUCAACGUGACCUGGAGGAACAAGACGUAUGUGGGGACGCUGCUCGACUGUACGCAGCACGACUGGGCGCCUCCCCGGUUCUGCGACUCUCCCACCAGUGACCUGGAGAUGCGCAAUGGCCGGGGCAGGGGCAAGCGCAUGCGCCCCAACAGCAACACGCCUGUCAAUGAGGCGGCCGCUGCCUCGGACAGCAAAGGGACCAGCAACAGCAGCAAGACCCGGGCGGGAGCCAACAGCAAAGGGCGCCGGGGAAGCCAGAACUCCUCGGACCACCGCACGCCGCCCGGUGGCACGGUGGAGGAUGUGAAGGCCAGUCCCUCCUCUGUCACCAAGCGGAAGAGCAAACCCCUCUCUGACAUGGAGCUGAACUCCAGCUCGGAGGACUCCAAGGGCAGCAAACGCAUCCGCACGAACUCAAUGGGCUCGGCAGCCGUGCCACCCGCUGCGGUCAAGGUGGAGCCGACUGUCCUCGACCGAAACUGCCCUUCUCCCAUCCUCAUCGACUGUCCCCACCCAAACUGUAACAAGAAGUACAAGCACAUCAACGGGCUGAAGUACCACCAGGCCCACGCGCACACGGACGACGACAGCAAGCUGGAGGCGGACGUGGACAGCGAGUAUGGCGAGGAGCCCUCCCUGCACGCGGACAUUGGGAGCUGCAACGGUGCUGCCGUCUCUCAGAAGGGCUCGCUCUCGCCGGCUCGCUCAGCCACCCCCAAGGUGCGCUUGAUGGAACCCCAUAGUCCCUCCCCAUCCAGCAAGUUCAGCACCAAGGUCCCCUGCAAGAAGAAGCUGGGUGGGGAAGGAGACACCGACCCAGGUGCCCUGUCCAAUGAUGGCUCUGAGGAUGGUCCCUCAGUGGCUGAUGAGACGAGUAACGAUGGCUUUGACGCUCUGGAGAAGCGAUGUGUUGAUAAGGACAAGUCAAAGAAGGCAUCUGGUGCUAAGCCGGAGAAGAUGCCUUCCAAAAGCUUGAAGUCUGCCAGACCCAUUGCGCCAGCCAUCCCUCCGCAGCCGAUUUACACUUUCCAGACAGCCACCCUCACCACAGCCAGCCCCGGUUCCUCCACGGGCCUUGCCACCACCGUGGUCCAGACCAUGCCCAAUAGCCCUCAGCUCAAACCCAUCCAGCCCAAGCCUACGGUGAUGGGAGAGCCCUUCGUGGUCAACCCUGCCCUCACUCCUUCCAAGGAGAAGAAGAAGAAGGACAAGAAGAAGAAGGAGCCCAAGGAGGUAGAAAACCCUUUGACUCCAGGCAAAGCCUGCAGAGCAGAGGAAGGCAAGAGCCCUUUCCGGGGGGAAUCCAGCGACCUGGGGAUGAAAGGCGAGGGGCUGCUGAACGGCUCGUCCGACCCCCACCAGAGCCGGCUCGCCAGCAUCAAGGCCGAGGCGGAUAAAAUCUACAGCUUCACCGACAAUGCCCCGAGCCCCUCCAUUGGUGGUGCCAGCAGGCUGGAGAACACCAACCCAGCCCAACCCAUGACCCCGCUCCACGUUGUCACCCAGAACGGGGCAGAGGCAAGUUCGGUGAAGACCAACAGCCCAGCCUACUCGGACAUCUCCGAUGCCGGGGAGGAUGGGGAGGGCAAGCUGGAGAGCGUGAAGGUGAAGGAUCCAGAGCAGCUGGUUAAGGAAGGUGCCAAGAAAGCUCUUUUCCCCCCGCAACCACAGAGCAAAGAGUCUCCCUAUUACCAAGGCUUUGAAACCUACUAUUCUCCUGGCUACCCCCAGGCAAGCCCGGGGCCCUUGAACCCCGGUGGCCAGGCCACAGCCGAGACACAGGCCUUGAAGCUGAAGAAGGAUGAGGAGCAGGAGAACCCGGAGGUGAAGGUGAAGAGUGAAGGCUGCGAAGAGAAGAAGGCGGAGCUUGGCAGCUCCAGCCAGCAGCCCUCGGUUAUCCAGCAGCGUCCCAACAUGUACAUGCAGUCCCUCUACUACAACCAGUACGCCUACGUGCCCCCCUACGGCUACAACGAGCAGGGCUACCACGCUCACCUGCUGAGCACCAACCCUGCCUACCGACAGCAGUACGAGGAGCAGCAGAAGCAGCGGCAGAGCCUGGAGCAGCAGCAGCAGCGGGGGCUGGAGAAGAAGGCGGAGCUGGGCUUGAAGGAGAGGGAGGCAGUGCUCAAAGAGGAGUGGAAACAAAAGCCACCCAUGCCCCCGACGCUAACCAAAGCCCCAAGCCUCACGGACCUCGUCAAGUCAGGGCUGAGCAAGGCCAAGGAGCAGGGAGGUCCUGACAUGGCCAAAUCUGUCAUCAUCCCCAAGCUGGAGGACUCAUCCAAGCUGUCUAGCAGCCAGGUCGCCGAGGGGCUCAAGGUGAAGCUGAGCGAGGCCAGCCACCUUGGGAAGGAGACCACCGAGACAAAGGCUGGCUCUGAGUGUGGCCGGCAAGCGGAGGUGGACCCUGUGCUCUGGUACAGACAGGAAGCCGAGCCCCGGAUGUGGACCUACGUGUACCCGGCGAAGUACUCGGACAUCAAGACGGAGGACGAGCGGUGGAAAGAGGAGAGGGACCGAAAGUUGAAGGAAGAAAGAAACCGAAGCAAAGAAGCUGCAUCCAAGGAGGACGGGAAGGAGAGCACCAGCUCUGAGUGCAAACUGACCCCCACCGAGGAGGCUCGCAUGGUGGGGAAGGACCCCAGACCCAGCGUCCACGUCCCUGUGUCUUCACCCCUCACGCAGCAUCAGUCCUACAUCCCCUACAUGCACGGCUACUCCUACAGCCAGUCGUACGACCCCAACCACCCCAGCUACCGGGCCAUGCCCACCGUCAUGAUGCAGAAUUACCCAGGAUCAUACCUCCCCUCCAGUUAUUCCUUCUCCCCGUAUGGGAGCAAGGCGUCCGGGAGCGACGACAGCGACAAGUCCCGAGCCAGCCCCAGCGUGAGCUGUAAAUCCAGCUCGGAGUCCAAGGCCCUGGACAUCCUGCAGCAGCACGCCAGCCACUACAAGAGCAAAUCGCCCACGAUAAGUGAGAAGACGUCUCAGGAGCGGGACCGCAGUGGCUGCGGGGUGGUGGGAGGAGGCGGGAGCUGUAGCAGCGUCGGGGGAGCCAGCGGGGGAGAGAGGAGCACCGACCGGCCCCGCACCUCGCCAUCUCAGCGCCUGCUCUCCACACAUCACCACCACCACCACCUCGGGUACUCGCUGCUGCCGGCGCAGUACAACCUGCCCUAUGCAACAGGUCUCUCCUCCACAGCCAUCGUUGCCAGCCAGCAAGGCUCUGCUCCCUCCCUGUACCCACCUCCCCGGAGGUGA